CGUGGUAUAGUACUGUGGCGGCGUUGGAUUUGGUUGUUGUAUGUGUUGAUUUCCUCAAACAAUUUGAGUUGUGCGUAAUGUCAUGUCGUAUUGCUAAUUUAAUGGUCUCGUCAUUACUCCGUCUACGUAGAGCAGGAAAAUUUGUAACACCAGAUCGUUUAUCAAAGAGAAAAUUUCAUAUAACCAGCAGUGUUUCCCAUGGAGAAUAUGAAUGGAAAGAUCCACAGUCUGAGGAAGAAGUAGUUAAUGUGACAUUCAUAGAUAAAGACGGAAAAGAAAUAAAAGUAAGAGGGAAAGUUGGUGACAAUGUCCUAUAUUUGGCCCAUAGAUAUGGAAUUGAGAUGGAAGGUGCUUGUGAAGCAUCAUUAGCUUGCACAACUUGCCAUAUUUAUGUGCUUGGAGAUUAUUUGGACAAACUUCCACCUGCUGAAGAACAAGAAGAGGACCUGCUUGAUCUUGCUCCCUUUCUUAAGGAAAACUCAAGACUAGGUUGCCAGAUAAUUUUGAAGAAGGAGUAUGAUGGCAUGGUUCUUCAGCUUCCAAAAGCAACCCGAAACUUUUAUGUUGAUGGACACAAACCAAAACCUCACUAAAGUGUUCUCUUAACUAUAUGAACAUAUUUGUGCCUGUGUAGAUAUUUUGUGUGUGUGUGUGUGUGUGUGUGUGUGUGUGUGUGUGUGUGUGUGUUUUUUUAAUGUACUCUAUGGCUACAGUUUUGUAUAAAUAUGUUAUGCUCCAGCAUAAUGGGAAUCUCACACAGAAAGCUAGUAUAGACAUAAAUGUUGUAAAUAUAUUGUAAUGAAGAGUAAUUGUAAAGUAAUUUGCAACAGUAUUUCAUGAAAAGAAAAUAUU